CAGGUGCCCAGCUGCCCAGCUCCGGCCGCCGCCGUCCUCCCCGCGAGCUCGGACCCGCGCUGCAGAGAUGUGCAAGGGUCUAGCAGGGCUGCCCGCUUCCUGCUUGCGGAGCGCAAAAGACAUGAAGUACCGGUUGGGGGUGCUCCUGCAGAAGUCGGACCCCUGCGAACACAGCCCUUCACAGGGCAAGAAGGACAAGCUGGUGGUUUGCCAGAGGGUGAGCCAAGAGGAAGUCAAAAAGUGGGCGGAAUCCCUGGAAAACCUGAUCAGUCAUGAAUGCGGGCUGGCGGCCUUCCGCGCCUUCCUCAAGUCCGAGUACAGCGAGGAGAACAUCGAUUUCUGGGUCAGCUGUGAGGAGUACAAGAAGAUCAAGUCGCCCGCCAAGCUGAGUCCCAGGGCCAGAAAGAUCUACGACGAGUUCAUCUCCGUCCAGGCAGCCAAGGAGGUCAACCUGGACUCCUGCACCAGGGAGGAGACCAGCCGCAAGGUGCUGGCGCCCACGGCCACCUGCUUCGACGAGGCCCAGAGGAAGAUCUUCCACCUGAUGGAGAAGGACUCCUACCGUCGCUUCCUCAAGUCCCGCUUCUACCUGGAGCUGGCCCACCCUCCCGGCUGCGGGUCCGAGAAGCAGAAAGGGGCCAAGCGCGCUGCGGACUGCCCGUCCCUGGUGCCCCAGUGCGCCUGACUCCCAGGCGGCGAGGGCUGAGGCCAAGACUGUGCCGCGAACCCCAGGCCACACGUGGUCCGUGGGCGUGGCCACACGUAGCCUAGUCUCCACGCUGCUGCCGUGCGCCCCUCGCUAGAUUUAGCCUGUGUUUGCGCCUCCGUCAGGCAGGCCCUCGUUCCGUCCAGCGUCCCCAUGUUCCUUUCGGGUGCCCUGUGAGCACGUGUCCAAGUGCCGGCCGACGGCCUGGGUGUCUCCGUUGUUGGAGGUUCCCUUUGCCCGGCGGUCGGCCACAGGUGGUCGGUGGGGGGGCCCGCUCCGCGAGACGCCCCCAGGCCUGUGGGUUCUGUUAGCCAGGACCCGCUCCAGACUCUAGGCGUGCAGGUGAGGGUGGUCUACUGUGUGCACACACGUGUGCGUGUGUGAUGUGUGUAUGCGCACACAGUCCUGUAGGAAUGGAUGGAAGGACCCCGGUGCUCAUCACCGGUGAGCACACACUCGCACACACGUCCCGAGCCCCGGACAGGACACCUGGAGCCAGCUCUGUGCUGCUGACCAGGGGGGUGGCUCUGUCACUGUCCAGGGGUCUCCCUGGAGACACAUCCAGGGGACGUCAUGCCUGAUUCAAUCAUGACAGCCUCCCAGCGGAGCAGUGUUCUAAGCACACAUGUCACCAUCUCGUCCCUGAUGUGCAGGGCUGCCCUGGGCUGAGUCCCCAGCUGCCGGCCGCCCCUCUCUGCCUGGGGCCGUGAUG